GGAGAAGGAAGUGACGCAAACAAGCGGAAGCUAUCGCCUCUGAAAUGACAAACGCGCCAAAUUUGUGCUAAGUUCACGUCAGUCACUGUUUCAGACCCAUGAAAGUCCUUGUACAGUAGUUGUUGAUAUUUUCAGAAAACUGGCUGAGGAAGCCUGUGCAGCAUGGCGGUGCCUUUUGUGCAGGGCUGGGACCUCGUUCAGACACUGGGAGAAGGAGCCUAUGGAGAAGUUAAGCUGCUGGUAAACAGACAGACAGAGGAAGCAGUCGCAGUGAAGGUGAUUGACACAUCUCAGGCUAAAGAGUGUGCUGAAAAUGUCAAGAAAGAGAUCUGCAUCCACAAGAUGCUCAACCAUGACAACAUUGUGCGUUUCUUUGGCCAACGAAAGGAAGGAUCAACUGUGUACCUCUUCCUGGAGUACUGCACUGGAGGAGAACUCUUCGACCGAAUUGAGCCUGAUGUUGGGAUGGCAGAGAAGGAUGCUCAUAGAUUUUUUAAGCAACUAAUAGCAGCUGUGGAGUACCUCCACAGUGUUGGCAUCACCCACAGAGACAUAAAGCCAGAGAACAUUUUGCUGGAUGACAAAGAUAACCUGAAGCUCACGGAUUUUGGCCUCGCAACCAUGUUUCGUUUCAAAGGACGGGAGCGACCCCUUUGUCGACUCUGCGGGACUCUUCCAUAUGUAGCUCCAGAGCUGCUUUCUCAGAAAGAGUACAAAGCUCAGCCGGCAGAUAUCUGGGCUUGUGGCAUAGUCCUCACUGCUAUGCUAGCUGGAGAGUUGCCAUGGGAUCAGCCUACUGAUAGCUGUCAAGAGUAUUCAGACUGGCUUCAAAAGAAAACCUAUUUACCUCCUUGGAAGAAAAUACAACCAACACCUCUUAGUUUGUUGUCUAAAUUAUUGUUGGCUCACCCAGAUGCACGUAUCACCAUCCAAGACAUACAGAAAGACCGGUGGUUUACAGAAGGCGUAAAACAAUCUCCAGGUUCUCUGGGAUCAGGAAGACACAAGGUUCUUCGCUCAGACGUGGGACUCGGUUCACGGGCCAACAGCGAUGACCGAAUGCAGUUUUCCAGCUCUCAACCUGAUCCUGCAGCAGGUGGUUGGGAGGCCAUGUUGUUAAUCAGCCAGGCUGAUGGUCAAGUCAGCUUCUCUCAGCCGACCAAGCCAGAGCACAUGUUGCUGGGUAGUCAGUUACUAGGGACUCCAGGAGCCAGUCAGUCGCUGUGGCAGAGGUUAGUGCGGAGAAUGACGCGUUUCUUUACAACUGCGAACGCCGAUGCUUCAGUGGCUGCCCUGAAAGACACCUGCAAUGACCUGGCACUUGGCUUCAAACUCACCUGCACUAAACAAGUGACGGUGAGCACACUGGACAGACGCAACAACAAGCUCAUCUUUAAAGUCCAUUUGCUAGAGAUGAAUCAGAGAGUGCUGCUGGAUUUCAGACUGUCGAAGGGGGAUGGUCUAGAGUUCAAACGACUAUUUGUGAAGAUUAAACAGAAGCUCGGUGACGUUGUCAGCACUCAGAAGAUUUUCCUUCCCAUCACAUGAGCAGCCUCGACACAGAUGCAGAUGAAACUGCGUAAUGAGGAGGUGGAACCAUGAGGUUUGUAAGGUGAGAUGUAAGAUGUCAUGAAUGAAUGCAGGAGACAGAUCAGUUUGCUCACCUGGAAGAGAAGCGGAAUCAGAAGCUUUUAGUUUCUCAUCAAAUGCACAUCCAACAUAUAUCCAACACAACAUAUAGAGAUUUUUAAAAAAUAUUGGGCUGAACAAUUUGGUCCUAAAUAUAUGUAUACAUGAAGAAUCUAAAACCGUUAUUUUGCAGAGAGUACAAUGUUUUUUUUUUCUUCUCAAUAUAUAAGUGAAAUGAAGACAGUAAGUGAAUAUGUCACCUUGAUAACACACAUCUUGUAAAUCAUGAAUGACCCUUUACAUUUCGUUCCUGGAAAGAAAGUAUGAGAGUAGAAACUGUGGUUCUCCGGUUGCUGCUGUGACACAGUGACACCGGCUUGUUUGGCCUGUUUCAUUAUGACACAUGCACUGAUCCAGAAAAAGAAACUCUGUAAAACCUGGUUUUCUUAUCUUGUUUAGAGCAUCUGGGUCGAAAGUAAUUUCCCCUCGGGGAUCAAUAAAGUAUUUCUAUUAUAUUCUAUUCUAUUUAAAGCAAAGUACUGUGCAGAUGGCAGUAAGUACUGUAGAUCUGGGUUCAGCUGAGGCGGAGCGACCAGUUUAAGGAUUCACUGAGAGACCGA